AUGCAGACGCUCACAUGCAGGCGCUCCACAUGCAGACGCUCACAUGCAGGCACUCCACAUGCAGACGCUCACAUGCAGACGCUCCACAUGCAGACGCUCCACAUGCAGACGCUCCUCAUGCAGACGCUCCACAUGCAGACGCUCCACAUGCAGACGCUCCUCAUGCAGACGCUCCACAUGCAGAGCAGUGGGACAAGCGCGGGACAAGGAGUGAGAGAGCAAGCGACUUUGAGGAGAGAGACAGUUGAUGGUGGUCUGGGGGGCGCUCGCACAGGCCUGGACGGCGCGGCUCCACACACUCGUGCUCAUGGCUGCGGCUCACUGAGGCAUGGCUGCUGCCGCCGAUGCCUCACUACGUUUUACCGCACUGACGCCGGAGGAAGAGGGACACGCCAGGCCAUACGGGACCAGCCCAGGCCAGCCACGGGCCGACCGAGAGCGAGAGAGGGGGAGAGAGAGGGGGAUAAACUCCGGCUUCAUGCUCUGAGUCACAGCGGAGACAAACCCUUCCACUGCUCACAGCCGCUCUGCCCCAAGGCCUUCAGCUCCAAGUACAAGCUCUUCAGGCAUAUGGCCACACACUCACCGCAGAAGUCGCAUCAGUGUACGUUCUGUGAAAAGAUGUUCCACCGCAAAGACCACCUGAAGAACCAUCUGCAGACUCAUGACCCAAACAAAGAAGCCUUCAAGUGUGAGGAGUGUGGAAAGCAUUACAACACCAAGCUGGGCUACAAGAGGCAUGUGGCCAUGCACUCGGCCACCUCCGGAGACCUGACGUGUAAAGUGUGUCUGCAGAGCUACGAGAGCACACCGGUGCUGCUAGAACAUUUGAAGAGCCACUCGGGGAAGUCCUCCGGAGGAGCCAAGGAGAAGAAGCACCCAUGUGACCACUGUGACCGACGCUUCUACACACGCAAAGAUGUGCGGCGUCACAUGGUGGUGCACACGGGCCGAAAGGAUUUCCUGUGUCAGUACUGCGCCCAGCGCUUUGGCCGCAAAGACCACCUGACCCGACACGUGAAGAAGAGCCACUCCCAGGAGCUGCUGAAGAUCAAGAGUGAGCCCCCCGACAUGCUGGGCCUGUUGGCCUCAGCGUCGCCCCCUUGUGCCAUCAAAGAGGAGCUUAGUCCUAUGAUGUGCGCCAUGGGCCAAAGCAAAGACCCUGUGAUGGGGAAGGCCUUCAGCACUGCCCCCUUCUCCAUGUACAACCCCCACCCUCACAUGUCUACCCCCACACACCCCACCCUCAUGCCCAUGGCCAUGGGCUGUCACGAACCCCCACACCACCCACUCUCUCACCACCAUCACCAUCAUCACCACCAUCACCACCACCACCACUCCCCCCCGUCCCCUCCACAACCCCCUCAGCCCAAGUACCCUGUGGGAUCUACCUCAUACCUGCUGGAGAAGCCACUGAAGGUGGAGAUGGAGAGUUUCCUGAUGGAUCUGCAGAGCGGGCUGGGCCCGGUGCCUCUGCCGGAGCCUCACUCUGCUGUGGAGCAUAAAGAGGAGGGCCCUGCUGGUGUAGAGGAGCUGGAGCCUCUGUCCAAGAGCCCCGCGGUGCUUGCAGAGUCUCUGUGUGCUGCUAACAUGGACUUCUCCCACCUGCUGGGCUUCCUGCCUCUGAACCUGCCUCCCUACAACGCCCCCAUGAGCUCAGGAGGGCUGGUGAUGGGCUACACCUCGGCCCCCUCCUCCACCUCUUCUUCUGUGCACGACCCUCACGGCGCUGCGCUUACCUCUGUGCAACAACCACCUCAGGAGCUUACACUGCCCCCAGUGUUCAGCUCCACCACACUGCCACGCUUCCACCAGGCCUUCCAGUGA